UAGGCAAGAUUUUCACGGACGGGAAUAAGCUGAGCUCCGCAACGGCGGGACGAGGAAUGUUCUGCUACCACUGCCCACCGUCGCUGCAUCCGGCCGGUCCACAUCCGCCGCGAUUACCGACCCUGGAAUAUCCUUUCGCCCCGACGCAUCCUUACACCAGCUAUUCGUACCAUCCGGCUAUCCAUGACGAGAGUUUCGUCCGGCGGAAGCAGCGGCGCAAUCGGACCACCUUUACGCUUCAGCAGCUUGAGGAACUCGAAACGGCGUUCGCUCAAACGCACUAUCCGGAUGUGUUCACCAGGGAAGAUCUGGCUAUGAAGAUAAACCUGACUGAGGCGCGAGUUCAGGUCUGGUUCCAGAAUCGGCGCGCCAAGUGGCGCAAGGCCGAGCGGCUGAAGGAGGAGCAGCGUAAGCGGGGUGGUAGCGCUGGAGCCGACGGUAACGAUUCGCAGCUGAUGAGCGACAAGCUCGACACGGAUAGUCGGGAUUCUAGUCCGGACAUUACUGGUGAUGCAGAUGAUGACGAUAUGCGAAGCUCCAGUGUGCCCCCGAUGAGUCCUCGAGUCGAUUCGGAACCGGAACGACCGGGAUCGUCAACUCAGCUCAAUUCGGCCCACUCGCUGUCGCAAUCCGCCUCCAACAGUGCCGGAACACCGUCGCCCGGGUUCAAAUUUGGUCAGUACUCGGCACCAAGCCCUGCCCCGUCCGCCUCGGCCGACUCUCCGAUCGAGGUCGGUGGACCGAUUUCGCUCACGACGACCUCGCGCACGCCACCGAACGAUUCGCCGAACCACGUCGCCAGCAGCAGCUCCAUGUCGGGCUUAUCCACCGUCACGACGACGCCCAGCUUCACCAGCCAUAGCAUUUUCGGCAGCUUCAAUGAAAGCAAUGGUGGAUUCCGACCGGUGUUGGAUAAUGGGCAACCGAGGACGACACCACCGUUGUUCCUUCCGCCGCAUCUGGCAUCGCUUAGCUCGCAGUUUACGCCACCGUUGUUCCCCAGUCUCAAAGCGGCCUUCCCUGGCCUUUGCUCCUGUUGCCCGGUGAAAGCGCCCACCACCACCGGACCCUCGUCUUCGCCCACCUGCACCUCCUCCGCACCCUCCACCACCAUCGGCGCCUCGUCGGCCUCGGGGUUGGCCGCCAUCACCAGUUCCGUCGUUAGUGGCAGCUCUCUGCCCGAUCCACGCUCUUCCUCGGUCGCCGAGCUGCGCCGCAAGGCCCAGGAGCACUCGGCCGCCCUGCUGCACUCUCUUCAGGCGGCCGCUGCCGCCGGCCUUGCCUUCCCCGGUUUCCAUCUGCCACCGCUGACGCUCCACUCGGCGCUCAGUGGCGCUGGACGGAAGCCAUCCGAUUUCAUCAGCGAUCUGUCGAUGCACCAUCAUCACCAUCAUCACCACCAGCAGCAACUGGCGGCGGCCCAUCAUCUCGGUGGCCAUCUGGCCAGCAUGCACCACAACAAUAACAACAACAUUAGCACCAGCAACAACAACAACAACAAUAGCACUUCGAGCAACAACGCAUCGAGUACCACACAGCAUAGUCCGUCGGGAAGCACGGGGCUCCAUUCCGAACCAUCCCCACGGUCGCCAACCCGAGCGCACGCCAACAAUGGCCCGGAAAAGUCAGAAUCGAACGAGUAA